GGCCAGCAGGAUAACUGUAACAGGACGCUGUUUCAGUUGCAGUCGCACUGUUGCCGAGAGUAAAACGAAUUGUACGAAAGGCGGGUGACAAGAAAAUGCAAUUAUAAAUAGUACAAAAGGAAUUGGUGGGGUAGUGAAGAAGCGUUGUGUUCUGUAGGUUGCAAAGGGAAAGUUUAAAGUGAAACAAAAAAUUUAAAUUAAGAAGUGGAAUUAAAUGUUCAAAAGUUUCAAUUCUGAAUUACUUAAUAUUGAAAGCGAUGAAUGCUGCCAUUUAAAUUAUCAGCGGAAAUCGCUAAACACAAGAUAACAGAAAAUAAGUAACAGAAAUUGUAAUUUUAAUUUUUAAAUUUUAAUUAAAAUGAAUUGUAACUUAGGGUACGAUUAGUUUAGUACCGUCAAUAAAAACAAAAAACAGUUUUGCCAACCAAGUACCGUCAACAAAAAUUACCUUCCUAAUAGUGACAAUAUUCCAUUGGAUACUCACAAACCUCACUACUGAGUGCCCGCUCAGCAUAAUUUCACAUACAUAGCUGUGAUCCUUUAAUGCCAUAAAUUAUUGCUCAAUAGGCUGUGUGUUUCUUGAAAAGUGGCAAAUUGCCAAGCAGUAAAACGUCCAAACCAGCAACAAGUACGAGCGAGUACAAAUUAAAGUGAAGGUAUAAAGCACAAUGCCAGACAGCAAAAAAGCCGAUGAAGAAAUUAGCGAUAAGGCAUCAACGUGUGGGAAGGUGCUGAUAUUCCUAUCUCUUGUGCUUGUCAUGCUAACAUUGCCGUUUAGUUUGUUCGUGUGCUUUAAGGUAGUACAGGAGUAUGAACGCGCUGUUAUAUUUCGUUUGGGUCGUCUUAUGCAAGGUGGAGCCAAAGGCCCUGGUAUCUUCUUUAUUCUGCCUUGCAUUGACUCGUAUGCCCGUGUGGACCUACGUACACGCACCUAUGAUGUUCCACCACAGGAGGUUCUGACAAAGGAUAGCGUCACCGUCUCGGUGGAUGCAGUGGUUUAUUAUCGCGUUUCCAAUGCGACAGUUUCUAUAGCGAACGUGGAGAACGCUCACCAUUCGACCAGACUUUUGGCACAGACUACUCUACGAAACACAAUGGGAACUCGGCAUUUGCAUGAGAUACUCAGCGAACGAAUGACAAUUUCCGGCACAAUGCAGGUUCAACUGGACGAAGCAACUGACGCAUGGGGCAUUAAAGUCGAACGUGUUGAAAUCAAGGAUGUACGCUUGCCAGUACAACUGCAACGCGCUAUGGCCGCCGAAGCCGAAGCAGCGCGUGAGGCACGUGCUAAAGUCAUUGCCGCCGAAGGAGAGCAGAAAGCAUCCAAGGCAUUGCGCGAAGCAUCCGAGGUAAUCGGAGGCUCACCAGCAGCGCUACAAUUGCGCUACCUGCAGACACUUAACACAAUAUCGGCGGAAAAGAACUCAACGAUAGUUUUCCCAUUACCCAUCGAUUUAAUCACUUAUUUCCUAAAGACAACCGAAGCGACGGCGCAGCAGCAGCAAAAUGCCGUUGUGCCAGCGGUGGCAGGCGUGAGCACGGAACAUUCACCGCAGCAAUCGACAUCACCGCAAGCGGGAAUACAAACAUCAUCUAUGUAAAAAAACAAAAACAUAACGUAGAUAACCGUAUGCAAGGAACAUAAUUUGCAAACGAUUUUAUGAUAAAUCAAAAGCGGAAAAAUAUUUGCAUAUAAGAAAAUAAUUGAAUGGGCGCGACACAUUGUUCAAGUUUAGCUGGAAAAAUGUGGCUUCGGGUACAAAUGACGUUUGCUGUAUAAUAGACAUAUAGAUUUUCGAUUUUGAACAGAGUGGAUGAAAGGAGCUCGAAACAGUGAGCACAAAAAGUAUGCGUCGUCGAUCAAGUGAAUUAAAUAAAAAGUCUAGACUUUCAAAUAGUCAAUAGACGUGUCCUAGUCAACCUACUUAUAAAUGUUAGUUACUUAAAACUCCAUGAGCACAAUCACAGUUAGAUUAAAGCCGAAAAUUAGCUUCAAUUAAUUUACUUGAAUUUAACUAUGAAGUUGCUGGUUACUUAUUGUCGUCGUCCCGGUAGUAAUUGACAGACAAAUAAGAACAAUAUUGGCAUACGUCUCACAUAAUGCAGGGCGGCAAAACACUCGCAUAGCCACUCGUACAUAGUAGGUGUAUUAGUAUUUGUACGUUAAUUCUCAAUAUAUGUAUGCACAAAAAUAUAUAACAGCCUUAAACCUAACCUGGCUCCCUCACUUUGUGUUGCUGUCAAACCAGCGUUAAAUUACUAGCAUGAGCCGACUUGUUACUUUAAAGAAUAGUAUUAGUAGCACAAUAACAAAAAAACCGCGUUCAAACAGUUGAUUCGUAGUGUUGAAGGAAAUCUGACGCGUCUUGCAAAGGGUACUAGUGAUAAGAUUCUUAUCACGAACCAAGAUUUUGAAAAAUCCCAAGCCUAAGAUCCAAAAGUUGUAAAAAAUUAAGCGACGAAUACUUUUUGUGCACACUUCACACAUGCCCACACACAUCUAGCGUGUAUAUUUAUAACAUACUGAAUAAGGAUAUUAUGGUAUAAGUAGUUUUAGGGAUUUGAAAUAAUGUUGCUGAAUGGCGUUAAGUUUGCUCGAUUAGCGUAAAUUCAAACAAAUUGCAAUUUUCCAAAUAUUGAUUGCAAAAAUUUAUUACAGUUAUUAGCUGUCUCAAAUAUAUUAGAUAUAUUCAUUAUUGCAAAACAUUAAUAAGCCACGAAAAAUAUAUAUAAUACUUAGUACUUUUAUUGGAUUAAACAAAAAUUGUGCAAUACAUAAUUAUUUGAUGAUUUCACGAGAUUUACAAGCACGCAAUGGAUUUAUCAAAAACUUAGCUACGCAAAUACUUAAGUAGUUAUAUAUUUAUCAACUACCACGGCAUUUAAAAGUAUAAUGACUUGUUUUACAAUUUAACUAGUUAAAAAAUUGAUGAGAGGUAGUUUAAUAUAUUUGUGUGUAUGUAUAUGUGCAUCUAAUAUUAAGCCUCGGUCUGCGUAUAAGUGCUUUGAAAAAUAGCGUAAUUGGGAGUAUAAGUGAUACUUAACAAAUACAUAUAUUAUACAAUACAUUUGUAUAGAUAUAUGUAAGUUCAACAAAUACAUGUGCAUACACAUAUACGCAGAUACAUAUGUAUAAGUGCACAAAAGUCGCAUGUCCCUUUGCAUUGUGACUUCGAUAAUUUCCUCACAAAAAAAAACACUGAAAAAUUAGGAACAAAAUGAUGCUACAAAGAGGGGCAAACUUAAUCAGCCAAUUUGGUUUUUUCAUAUCUGUUUCAUUAAAUAAAAACAAAAUAUUUUGCGUGGUGGAAACCUUUAUUUAGAAGCAGGUCUAAAUGUAUUUUGUUUGUAUAUUGAAGUUCGCAAGUGUCAAAUGUGAUUGGCAUUCAAUGCCAUUUGCAAGAAAUAUAAAUCUCCCGAUAUCGUGACAGACUGUGUACUCUCCCCCGCUUCUGAAGAGGACACCACUUUUUAUGCGUCUGUCCCGCCUUCGCUUGAGAUCUUUGGCACUGAUGUGUUAAGAAGCGACCACCUUGGCUCCGUAGCACCACAAGAUCUAAUCAGAUUCUUCGGAGGACGGGUAGAUUUAAAGAAAAUUAAAAGGAAAUCCGAAUACAGUUUUUUAAAAUUAAUCACCCUAUCACGCAAUAAAAAUGCCCAUCAAUUAAAAUAUUUUUUUUUUGAAAUAAUUAAUUUAUACUGGUGAAGACUUCUGACGCUGAUUAGAUUUUGUUAACUCUACUGAUCUACACCCCCAUUAUUAUAUACACCAGAAUGGUUCAUAGAGCCAACAAAGGAUUAUAUACGGGCGUAUUCUUUGAAUCCUUCCCUUAACGCACUGUUUCAUUUUCUUGUUGCAAAUACCCCUCAAUGAGGGGAAGAACGCAGAACCAAGGACACUAAGUCCCGUUCUGAAAGACGCUGUGUGAUAAAGCAGGUAGUUAGAAGUAUCUUUACAUUACCUUCAUUACAAGCCACGGUGUACAGAAUAAGUAGGUGGCGCCUUUCGAAACCCGCUACUUUAUUUUUCGAGAUUUUGACAAACGAUUACUUCAGGGCUGGAAAUUGGGAAUAAGCUAUCUUGUAUUAUAUCAUUCUUGGUUACAAGCUGCGGAUAUUUCACGUUUCCCCUGGGGAGCACUUUACGUAAAGAAAUUGUGGUGGGGGAAGUGAAAAGUUUGGUAGUUUCUUCGUUGCAAAAGUGAUUCCUGCAAAAUUGCAUUCAACAAGGUCUGCGUUUUCAAUAUAUUGACAUAUCUGGCUCCGCUCUCAGGUAGCCGAGAUAGUCCCUUGACCGACAACAGUUUAAGACAGUUAAAGUUAUCAGGAAAAAAUUUCAUACGCACGUGUAAAGGUUAAUGUUGCAUACUCUUUUUUCACUUUCUCAUCAAAUUCAUUUUUUAAAGGUCUUUAAAGUUUUAAAGAACUAAAGUUUUAAUGAAUUAUAAUCAUUUAUUAAAAGUUAGAAUUGAAGCCUCCAAAAACUAUUUCUUUCACAAUGACUUUAAUUUCCUUAGAUGACUCCCCGGUAGCACUUAUCUCCUUUUCAAGCGUUCUCUUCCAUGUGCACCUAGGCCGACCUUGCUCCUUCCAUUGCAGUGCCUGCAGACUUUAGUUGGGCCCGUUCGGAAGGUGUCCCCGAUCUAUUUCUAAGUUUUAUCUUAGAAUGCAUAGGUGGUUUAUUGCCCUGAUCCCAAAGAUCUGCGUUGGAGAUUAUUCUGGGCCACCAGAUACGCAGAAUCGUAGAAUCAGCCAUGGGCACUUAUUGAUGAAAACUUGUACUUUGUUGGGGAGCAAGUCUGCCAUUAACCAUGUUUCGCAGCCAUAGAGAAAAACCGAUUUAACGUUGGAUUUAAAGUUGCGCAUAUUAAUUAUAGUGGAAAUCGUAGAGGAAAUCCAGACUUUAUUAAGUUGCGCAAACGCACCGAAGGCUUUUGCUAUUCUAGACUGAAUGGCAUCUGCUGCACCGCCGUCUGUAGAGAUAAUGCGUCCCCAGUAAGUGAAGUUGCCGACAUUUUUAGUACUGGUAUUUGUUGCGUUAAAACUGCUGACACGAUCCCCUAAAUUCACUCUUAAUGAUUUCGUUUUUCCGAAUUUAAUAUUUUUAAUUUUUAAAGAUUUGCAUCUAUAGUCAGACAUUUUGAGAUUCAAAAAAUUGUUUUAAAUAAUAUGCUUUUAAAUAAUAUGCUCGUUCAAACUAUGAUAUCCUUAUAAAUAUCACAAGAAAGCGAAUAUAUUCAGCUGCUAAAAAAACAUUUUUCUUACAUUCGCCUGGGCAAAUCUAGAUUUUUAUAGUAACCAUUGCGUAUAUUUUAUUUCAGAGGAGGAAAGUGGAACCAUUUUUUUACGUUUUUAUAAAACUUAUCUGUGAGUGAAGAAGUAGUAGGGUUAGCGAGAUUGGCUCAGUUUUCAUAUCUUUAUUUAGCCACCUGCCUAAAAUCUUACACUAUUCCAGUCGCAUAUGCAAAUCUUGGAGCUUGUCGAGUUUUUAUUAACUGUUAUGUAGCAAAUUCUACUCUUACCGCUCUAAGUGUGUAUUUAAAAAUCACGCAUAAAUCAAAAAACUAUUGAACGCUGCAUAGGUAAAAGGAAUUUAAAAUAAGAUUAGAAAUGCGUACAUAGGUAUAUACACACGUUUGAUUGCUUGUUAACUGAGUAGACAGUACAUAAGUAGCGAAAGAAAAUCGAAAUAGGUACGUAGGUUCAUAAACGAACGAUCUCAAUCGAUAUUCAAAUUUGAAACAAUUCAUUUAACUUUACUUACAAAAACUAAAAUGUACACGACUUAACUUACAUAUACAUAAAUUUAAGUAAAUAUGUAAUUAGUACAAUUUAUUCGCCAUGCUGUACUGAGCAGCAGACAAUUUUUACUUUCAAUUGUAAUAUCUCUAGAAUCAAAUAAUUUGUGAUAAGGUCGCUUGGGCGGGCGUGUUUCAAUGAUUGAGUGCCAAAAAAAGGAGUUGAAGUAUGAAAUGUUACAAAAGUCAGUAAUUACAAAUUACUCUAACGAUUUGCAUUAAUACAUUAGACAAUUAUUAGUUAGAAUGUUUACAAACUUGCUUGUGUGCAAAGGGUUAUUAUGUAUGGAACAUAAAUUACACUAUGCGCGACAAUUCGAUGGUGAGUACAAGUGGUCGCUAUCAAAGUAUGCUCUUUAGAGUGGUGUGGUGCAAAUGAGUACGCUGAGGUCUGUGGAGUUCGCGGGGGAGUUAAAUGGCAGCUCGCUAAAUGAUACCCUAAAGAACUUUCGAUACAUAGGUAGUCAUAAAACAUUUCGCCCGUUUGCUGAAAGAACGUCAUAACAUAAAAAAUCAAAAUGUCAAGAAAAACGGCGUCAAGUUUUCAAAUCACUUAAAAAGCUACCAUAAGUAAAAUGAAAGGCACAUUUUCAACUAAUGAGACACUGUCAAUAGAUAUUGCCAGGUAUAGUUACCAUUACACUUAAAUAAACUUAUAUUAACUUUUUUUUACAAGGAAUAUUUAAAUAAUUUUUUUACUGGCAUAAGAAAAGAGUACGCAGCAUAACUCAUUGCGGGGUGUUAACGCACCUUCCUUUUUGAGAAACCUAGUUGGUGUUGUGACUUAAUAAAACACUUGCGAAAAUGUGUAUGAAAUGAUAUUUGUAACACCAUAGCUGCGUAUAAAUUCGGGUCGCUCCGGUACGGUGGACACGACUGUCAGGAGAACAUAUCACCUUGAUCAAAAAGUUCCCAGAAUAUAUGUCGAAAAUUUGAAAAACAAGUUUAUUCCUUAAAAGUGGUGUUAUCGUCUUGAAAGUACUUCCCAUCAACUGCAACGCACUUAUUCCUGUGUUUGAUCCAGCUCUCCAAACAUUUUGGAUACUCUACUUUCGGUAUAGCCUUCAGCGUCGUCUUCAAUUUUUCCAUUAUUUCUUUUCGGCUGUUAAAACGCGUUCCCCGUAGUGGAAAAAAAAUCGCAGGGAGCCAUAUCAGGUGAAUUCGAUGGCUGUUGGAUGGUAUUCGUUUCAUUCUUGUUAAAAAAAUGAAGAGAUAAUCAUGGCACUGAGCGACGGUGCGUUACAAUGGUGCAAAAGCCACGAGUUAUUUUUCCACAAAUCCCUUCUGCUUUUGCGAAUUGCUUCAGUUAUGUAUGAGACGUUUUCGCCCAAAUAAUAGUUCUUAUUAACUGUCUGACCUUCUAGCGAAAAUUUUUGGUGCAUAAUACCGUUAUAAUUCAUUCUCCUUCUUUUUUGACUGACGACGGGGAUUCCUUGGUCAUGGUUCAUUCGGAGUUCUCCUCUCACUCGCCUGAUGUCUGGAUUGCGCGUCGUAUUCAUAAAUCCACGCCUCGACUUCGGUAUGAUGUGUUUGAUGGAUGUUGGGUUGGAUCCAGCUUGGAAAGCUUUAUCCACGCAGUUCGUUUUUUGCAUGAAAUUCAUGUCCUUUGAGACCAACUUUGCGGCAACACGGCGGAAGGCCAAAUCAUUAACUACAAGGUUCUGAACGGAUCCAUAAGCAAUGUCCAAUGUGCCAACUCACUUUUGAUUAAUUUGCGGUUAUUAAUAAACUUUUCUUUCAAUUUAUUAAUGCUUUCAUGAGUUUUCGAUGUCGGCGGCCUACCACUAAGCAGACCGGUCAUCAUCCUCGAUGGACUCACGAUCUCUUCUCACUCGAAAACGGCUAUUUUCAUUAGAAUAUCAUUACCGUCACAGUUUCUUAACAUUUCUAAGAUUUUCACACCAUUCAACCCCUUUUUAACGCAAAAUUUAAUACAAACCCAUUGUUGUCAAAUGUAUUUUUAAAACUGCAAAAAUUCGAAAACUCACGACGGCGUAACUUUUACAAAUGUCAUCAAAUUUUGAUAGGAAUGUUAAUCAAAAAUGUGGCAAUCUAACAAGAACAAGAAAAAAACAGAAUUCAAAGCAGCGGCUUAGAGCAUCACCUGGCGGUUGUUCCGGAAACUUUUUGAUGAAGGUAGUAUUUACGUGAUGCGUUAUAUUUGUGAUCAAUCACAUCAGCAACUCGUUAUAGCCAAGCCAAAAAAAUAAAUAACGCAAACUAGCACUAAUACUAAUGUAUACAAGUACGCUCAAAGACAUUAUUUUCUACUUUUACGUUUUCAAUAGCAUCGUUGUUAAAUUGAUUUAGUAAUUUGAAGUUUCCGAAAGUUGAGAGCAACCAUCCACAGUCUUGCUGCUUAAAGUACUCUUGGGAACUAAAAAGUUGGUUUGUUGACGUACAAGCUGCUAUUUAUUGCCAUUUAGAAAACCAUUUCGUUUAGUUCAAAUUGCAAAAGAAACUGGUAGGCAGCAUAAAUUCUUUAGAGAGUUGCACUCAUUUAAUGCGAACACUACGCGCCGCCGCAGCUUUACACGAACACAGUUCUAUAGAGACGCUUUUUACAAGAACAUCCCUCCACUCUGCAUCACUUCACAUCCCAUCUCGACAAAUUGCUAAUGUCGCUCAAUGUAAUUGUGAGAAAAGCCUAGAUUACUUCAAAUUUGUAUGUGAAUAAACGAAUAUGAAAUGAGUAAAUAGAUAUUUAUCUAGUUUAUAGAUCGCUGUUAACGGUACUAAAAUAAAUUAGUAUUAAAAUUUUUAAAGUCACCUACAAUUCAUUAAAAAUGGUAUGGGCACGAUUUUUGGCAUUUUCAUAUAGUAACUUUUUAUUCAACACACACUUAUGGCAAUACUGCGUACAUAUGUAGUGAAAGGACACAUGCUAGCAAUUUGUUAAGUAACAGUAUAAAUUAAUAAAUUAAGUAUUACAAUAAAUACAUCUUUCUUAAAUACUUUUAAACAAACGAAAAAUAUAUAGUAAAUAAACUUUCUUUAUUGACAUACCGACUACAGAUAGUAUAAUAAUCUAGGAACACACACGCAGACACACAGUCAGUAGAGUCAAAACGGGAAAUCGUAUGCAAUAAUUACAUAUAUUGUACAAUAUAUAAGAGUAUGUAAAAUUCAUAAAAAAUAUUGAAAACUCUAUUUAACAAGUACUUGUAAUCAAAGCCAGGGAGCAGCAAUGUGUAUUAUGUAGCUGGAAACUUUGACAAAUAAACAGAAGAGCAAGCGAAUAAGAAUGUAUGAUAUUGUAUGUGAAUUGUAUUGAACUAACAAAAGCUACACUGACAGAGCAUAGAACCUCUCAAACAGUGAAAGGGCAACACAUGUAUCUACUAAAACUUGCGAGCGACAUUUACAAUGCCAAAAACUAAUUUGCUCCAAUUAAACUCAUCUGUGAACCAAUUGACUUUUAGCAUAGUGAGCGUUUAGCACAGGAGUGACACAUUCGCUGUUUAAGAUGUUCUGUGGGCAACCGACCUUAGCACGCAACUCGAAUAACAGUCUCAUAUUCGUGUGGAAAAGAAACGCAUUACUAUUAAUUACUGCAUACUUCUAGGCAUUACCUAUACAUGUGCAGUCAGUAUUGUAAAAGUGUGAAGUCAUUUGUAGAUCGAAAUCAUUAAUAAUGAACUAUUAGAAUUUACCCUUGAACAAGAGUAGCAUUUUAUGUGAUGUGUAGUUUUUGAAUUCUGUAAUGCCUCAAUGGUAGGAAUGACAAAUAAAAUUUACUAAUCGGUUAAUGUACCAAAUAGUAAAUUGUAAGAUAAAAAAAUAAUUGCUCUUAAUUGUAAAAAUGGUAAGAGCAACAUCGGCUGCCUCGUCUGCAGGGACUCAGCCGCAGAAUUCUGCCCGCUCGUUUCACAUACUCGUUCCAUCAGCCGUUCUUCAGACGGCAAAGAAGUAAAAUAGGCUUUGGUUCCGCUGAUUUUUUUUUUGUUUUUUUUGUUGUAUAUCACCAACACAAUCUCAGUUUUUUCGUAAGCAAAUAGGUGCAUAACCCUUCUUACGUCAGUGAAUUAGUUGAUUCCCUCAAAAUCGCUGAGAUCCGAGUAACAGUCCGAUUUUGAAUACAGCUCUGCAUUCUUUUUAUUACUUAGCUGUAAGUCCCUCCAUUUGUGGAACAUCAUCAAGACGCCUACUUGUUACGCAAACCAAACAUUUCUCCUCUAUCGACUGAAAUCUUCUUCCACGAAGUGAUAACUUCAACUUUGAAAACAAAAAGAAGUCGCACGGGGCCAUAUCAGGUGAAUACAGUGCUUGCUUGGAAUUUACUUGGUGUUUGUCAAAUAAUCUAGCACAAUUUGGGCUUGGUGCGCAUUAUCAUCAUGCAAAAUCCAAGUUGUUUGCCCACAUUUCCGGCCGUUUGCGACGUACAGCAUCUCUCAAACGCUUCAAAACGGAUAAAUAAUAUUCUUUAUUGACUGUGUGGUCCGAUGGAAGGUACUUAUGGUGCACUACGCCUUGGCAAUCGAAUAAAACAGUAAACAUCACCUUCACUUUUGAGGGGCUUUGGGGCGAUUUUUUCGGUUUCGGCUCGUCUUCAAAGCGCCACUCAGACGAUUGUUGUUUGGUUUCCAAAUUCAUAGACCCAUGUCUCGAGGGCAGUAAUUAUCCGUUCAAUGAAGGGUGGAUCACUUUGGGCUUCAGAAAUCAUCUCCUCAGCAACUGACUUUCGAUGGUGUUUUUGCACCAAAUUCAGGUCCUUCGGAACGAGCCUGGCUGUGACGCAUGUCUUAUACACAAAACAUCAACCACAAUAUGUUGUGCCGUUCCAUAAGAAAUGUCAAGUUCAAUAGGCAUCAGUCUUAAGCUUCACGUUUUCAUCGGUGUUCGAUGUCAAUGGGCAUCCGAAACGAGGGAAAUCUUCCACCACUAUCCGACAACGUGUAAAGUCUUUAUAACUUUCGUAUGCUCUUGUUCUUGAUAGAGCACAUUCGUCAAAUGCUUUUUGUAACAUUUUCAGUGCAUCGGAACAUGAAAUUUCGUUCGCAACACAAAAUUUCAAAUAAACUCUUUGUUCAACAAAUUUAUCCAUGGUAAAAUGCGACAAAUUGAAAAAAGUUGACUGAUGUAAACAAACGCCAGGCAGACACUAAUGAUCUGAUGGCGCUAAAAAGUGACAGAUGUGUGUCUUACAGUCCUACCAACAUAAGAAAAAAAUAUGGAUCGGAUCUGUCAUGCGCGGUUCGUUUAAAUUAAACAUUAUCGGUGCUUUUUGAUGAUAGGGUGCAUUAAGGCGCUUCUUAUUUGACUUAAUUUUUUGUUUUCAAUUUUUGUUUUCUGCCAUACUUUUAUUUUAUUCGAACACAUAAAAAAACGUUAAGCAAUAUUUUAGUGCAUACCUCCAAAACGAGCCGUUUCAGGCUUUAACACCUUCUUCAGACGUUGAAAAACGUUGACCUCACAUUUUAUUUUUGUUGUUUGCGAACAAAAAGAAUUUCUUGGGUGCUAAAUCAGGACUGUAAGGCAAAUUACCUAAUAAUUCGAUCUUUUGAGUGCUGAAAAGCUAUCUUGUGUGAGCCGAUACGUGAGAGCUCGCAUUGUCUUGGUGAAGGAUAAUUCAUCUUCGGCGGUUGGCUGGUUUUCCCCAAUUCUCCGAAAACUUCUGGCAAAGAAAAGUGUCCAUAAUGGUGCGGCUAGGACAUGAAGACAUUUUCUGAAAAAAAAAUUAGCGAUUUACUUUGUUGUUAUUAAUUUCGUAUUGGAACGCCUAUACUGUCGAUUGCUGUUUUGUUUCAAUCUCGUAUAACGGUAUAAUGUUUGAGAGCGGAACCUACUCUCGAACGGUGAAAAUUAAGAAUUUUUGCAGAUUUUUUGGCAGACAAAAAUAAUUAUUGUACAUUUUUCGGAGCUUCAUCAACUUGAUAAUAGAAUACUAGCUGGUCCUCGCGACUUCGUUUGCACUUUAAAUAAAUAUCUAAAAUCGAUAGUGGUUGUCGUCUAUUGUAACCGUGAAACGUAGAUGCCCAUAUAUAUACAUAGGUAUAUAUAUAUCUAUAUAUAUAAUUCGCGCGUAUACCCUUUCUGGGUGUUUGGCCGAGCUCCUCCUCCUAUUUGUGGUGUGCGUCUUGAUGUUGUUCCAUAAAAUGGAGGGACCUACAGUUUCAAGUCGACUCCGAACGGCAAAUAUUUUUUAUGAGGAGGUUUAUCAUGGCAGAAAUACACUCGAAGGUAUGGCAUUGCCUACCGACGGGCGACCGCUAUCAGAAAAAACUUUUUCUUAAUUUUGGUGUUUCACCGAGACUCGAACCUACGUUCUCUCUGUGAAUUCCGAAUGGUUGUCAUGCACCAACCUAUUUGACUACGGAGGCCACCCAUACUUUAAGCUUUUAUAACAAGUAUUCCAAUGAUUUUUAUAUUGAAAAAUAAGUGGCAGCGCUAUUCAAAUAAAAACAUUUUUAAUUAAAACGAGCUCAAUUAUGGUAAUUUACUAUUUUCGCCUUAAGGUUAGGUGGUAACACCCUGCUUAAUUAUAUAAUAUAAUUAAAAAAUAUAUAAAAAAAUUAUAUAAUAAUUUUACUUAAAAUUCAGUUCAUUCUUUUAAACAUAAAUCCUCUAUUGUAAUUUGCGCGAUUCCCACCUCCAAAUUUUUAAUUUACUAUUUUCGUCUUAAGAACUCGGUGGCAACGCCAUGCACAAAUAACUGUACUGAAAAUUUUGUUCAUUCUGUACAAUAUUUUUUGUUUGAUACCCAAUCAAAUUAUGUUAUUAAUUUAAAACUUCGUUUAAAAUAAGAUGGCAACGCUAUUUAAAAAUAUUAUUGGAUUCAAAUUAAAUUUACAUUUUUAUUGAUAUAUGUGUAUAUCUAGUUUCCCAAUUAAUAUAUGUUUGCUUAAUUUACAAAAAAAAAUCACAACUGACAUUUGUGAUAAAUUGCUCCUUUGUAAUUAAUAAGAUUAAGGUGGCAACCCUAUAAAAAAAUUUGCUUUUAGAAUACAUUUUUCUUAAAUAUAAUUUAUUUGAUACCCAUGCAUUUAUACUCAUGUCUAUUUCGAAUAAUGUUCUUUCGAAAAAAAUGUGCAACAUUUCAAUGAAUGUUGUCAUAUAUUAUAUGUAGAGACUUAUGUCCAAAAAAAGUUUUUUAUAAGCAAAACAGGGUAAUGGAAGAAUGCAGUAGAGACAGUAUAAUACUAAUAAUGCAGGAGGCAUCGCUAUGAGAGCACCUAAAAAACAUUUAUAAUUUUUGCAAAUUAAUUGCAAAAUAUCAUUUGUAUGAAUCUACAAAUACAAAAUAAAUUUAAAAAAAUUGCAAACAUAGUAAUAAUAAAAAUUUUAAGUUAAAAAAUUCUUUUUUAAACUGAAAAUUCAAAACGAAAAACUAUAAAGAAUGCCAAUUUUUCCCCAAUUCGUUCUAAUGGUUUUUAAGUGAGGCGGCACGCCAUUUUGAUUGAAUAAUUUUACGGCACUCUCAACAGGGCUUUCACUAACAACCUUUUGUAUGCUAUAUAUGGCUGUUAAAUGUUAUAUUCUGCCAAACAAAUGUGACUGUCAUUCGUGCUACAUAUUAGGGCUGCAGCUUUUGUUAUAUCAUUACAAAAAUGGGUCUAACUCUAUUAAAAAGAAAAAAUUGUAUUUAUAAAAUUCUUCUAUCAAAUAUAUGAAAUCAAAUUAAAUAUGUAAUUAGCAAAGUACUCGAAUUACUCAGCACAUUAAUUUCAACUACGAAUUUAAAUACCUUUGUACUUACUUACAUAUACUAUGUAGUUUUCACAACCGUAAAUCAAAUGUCAACUAUUACCCUAAAUAAAAUAACUAGCUAUAUACAUAUUCAUAAAACACAUAUUAAAACGAGAAACUUAUCUCACUCACAUACGAAGACUUGAAACAGCGAGCAAAGUAUUAAAAUACCUUAGCAUAUACAUAUUUAUGUACUUUCACAAAUCUCAACGAAAUCUGUGUGUAUAAUACAUGAAAGUCUGUCGACAAAUCAAAACUUUUCUGAAACCAAACUGAAACCAAAAUCACACUAGGGUGAGUCUAUACGCUAGAGUCAUGGGUUGGUUAAAUCAUCAAUAGUUAGUUGUUGCUUUCAAAGUUAUAAACGAAAAAUUUCAAGUGAAGUUUUAUCUUUCGAUGACGAAUAACCAAAUCAACAAGGUUUUCUGUUUGUUUUACAAUAACAAAACACAUACUUACAUAUGCCACACAU